AUGCUGAUCGUAGUUCCUAUACUGCUCAUGCUCAAAAUUGGGCGAUGCACUGAUGAUCACAUCUUUGCAACAAAGACUGUUGAUGUUGGACAAAAUGUGACUCUGACAUGUAACCGCCAGAAAUCCUCGCAAUCAAACUUAUUUUGGAUCAGGGUUGUUUCUGGAACUUUUCCUGAAAUUUUAGGUGGAACAUAUACCUUUGAUUAUAAUGCUGUGGAUCAAUAUAAUCAUCAUAUAACAGCGAAACAAGGGCCUGGAACAUUUGUUCUGCAUAUUACUGAAACACAGCUAAGUGAUACUGCAGUCUACUACUGUAUAAAUGUGAAAAAUACCCGCAUGACAUUUUUGAGUGGAACAUUUCUCAGAGUCAAAGGACCAGAACCUGAUAUCACAGCUAUCACUCAAGACUUUCCAUCUGAUCCAGUCAGUCCCAGAGACUCUGUGACUCUCCAGUGUUCAGUGCUCUCUGACUCUGAGAGUAAAAGGUGUCCCAAAGAACACAAAGUGUUCUGGUUCAGAGCUGGAUCAAAUGAAUCUCAUCGCAGUUUAAUUUACGCUCAUGGAAACAGUGCUGAUGAAUGUGAAAAGAGUCCUGAGGCUCGUUCUCCAAAGAAAUGUGUCUACAGCUUCUCUAAGAACGUCAGCUCCUCUGAUUCUGGGACUUAUUACUGUGCUGUGGCCACAUGUGGGGAGAUAUUAUUUGGAAAUAGAACAAAACUGGACAGUGAAGCUUCAGUUAUCAGCAGGAGUGAUCUACAGAAGGCCAACACAAUUAUCUACCUGCUAUGUGCUGCUUUGGCUAUAAGUCUGGCUGUAACAGCCAUCCUCAUCUGCAUCAAGAGGAAAUCUUGUGAUUGUUGUAACGCUGCUGUUCCUCUGCAAACAAAUACUGGAACAGCCAGUGAUGAUCAGCAAAGUCAACAGAGAAAUGAGGACUCGGUGGUGUAUUCUACAGCAAUCUUUACGAAGACAGCUGCUAAAACAGGGAGAAGGAAUGUAAACGCUAUAGGGGAAAAGUGUGUCUAUAGUAAUAUCAGGACUUAGCAGAUGGAUUCAUU